UUUCUUGUUAGCCGAGCUCUCGGUCAGCGCGGUACUAACUGCUGCCGAUAUUAGAUAUAUUUUAAUUUUUAACGUUUCAUUUACUUCAGGGGGAAGGGAAAAGCGUUUUACAUUAACAGCUCACGAAGAUUAAAUUAACGACUGCUCAUUCAGCUGGAUUUGUAAAACGGAAGGCAUCGUGUCAUCAUGUCCUCGCAAAAUACGUCUGUCGGUGGAAGGAGGGAGGAAAAAGGCAAAAACAUACAAGUGGUUGUGCGUUGCAGACCUUUCAACGCGGUGGAACGCAAGUCCGGGUCCCACGGCGUUGUCGACUGCGACCAAACUCGCAGAGAGGUGAACAUGAAAACUGGAGGUUUUGCCGAUAAAGCGGCCAGGAAAACGUACACAUUUGACAUGGUAUUUGGACCAUCAGCCAAGCAAAUAGAAGUCUACCGGAGUGUACUUUGUCCAAUUUUAGACGAGGUUAUGAUGGGCUACAAUUGCACAGUUUUUGCUUAUGGACAAACUGGGACUGGGAAGACCUUCACAAUGGAAGGAGAGCGGUCAACUGAUGAGCAAUACACUUGGGAAGAGGAUCCCUUGGCUGGCAUCAUACCCCGUACCCUGCAUCAGAUUUUCGAGAAGUUGUCUGAUAGCAACUCUGAGUUCUCAGUGAAGGUAUCUCUGCUGGAAAUCUACAACGAGGAGCUUUUUGACCUGCUCAGCCCUUCUCCAGACGUCACCGACCGCCUGCAAAUGUUUGACGAUCCAAGAAACAAGCGGGGUGUUGUCAUUAAAGGACUUGAAGAAAUUACCGUUCACAACAAAGACGAAGUCUACCAGAUUUUGGAAAGGGGGGCAGCUAAGCGGAAGACGGCGUCAACCCUUAUGAAUGCAUACUCCAGUCGGUCCCAUUCUGUGUUCUCAGUCACUAUUCACAUGAAGGAGGUCAAUGUGGAAGGUGAAGAGCUGGUUAAAAUUGGGAAACUGAAUUUGGUCGAUCUUGCCGGCAGUGAGAACAUUGGUCGAUCUGGCGCCGUCGACAAGCGUGCCAGAGAAGCGGGCAACAUCAACCAAUCCCUGCUGACGCUGGGCCGCGUCAUCACCGCUCUGGUGGAGCAUCGUCCCCACGUGCCCUACCGGGAGUCCAAGCUCACCCGCAUCUUGCAGGACUCCCUUGGGGGGCGCACCAAGACCUCCAUCAUUGCCACCAUCUCCCCUGCCUCCAUCAACCUCGAGGAAACCCUGAGCACUCUGGAGUAUGCAAACCGAGCUAAGAACAUCAUGAACAAGCCUGAAGUGAAUCAGAAGCUCACCAAGAAGACUCUCAUUAAGGAAUAUACAGAGGAGAUCGAGCGUCUGAAGCGAGACCUGGCUGCCACUCGAGACAAGCAUGGUGUUUACCUGUCAGCUGAGAACUAUGAAUUCAUGAACAGCAAGCUAUUGGCCCAAGAGCAGCAAAUAACUGCUAUGGAGGAAGAGCUUAAAAAGAUGACGGAGAUCUUUGGUGACAGCAAGGAGCAGCUGGAGCAGUUGACUGCAGACCUCCAGGAGACUGGGCAGCAGCUGCAGGAGACCCAGAAGGACCUGCAGGAGACCAGAGAUCGGCUGGACGAGGAGGCCUUCAUCACCUCCAAAUUGCAAAGCACCGAGGAGGAGCUCUACAGCACUGCUGAUAAGCUGCUGUCCACAGCUGAUGGCACCACCAAGGAGGUGUAUAGCUUGCAUGAUAAGCUGGACAGGAAGAAGACGGUGGAGACGCAUAACUCCGUGGUGCAGCAGACCUUCUCCAGGCGGAUGGACGAUGUGUGCAGCCACAUGCAGAGGUCACUGCAGGAGCAGGGCAGCGUGCGCGAGAGCUUCAUGGACUACCUGACCUCCACAGUCUCGGACUUGAAAGAGGUCAGCAGCAAAGCUCUGGAGACGGCCGUGUCCACGGUCACCUCGUACAAGGCCGGAGUGAAGGCGGUGGUGGAGGAGAGCGUGAGCCAGUGCGUGGCCCAGCUGGAGCAGCAGGAGAGCCUCAGUGGCCAGGCCAGACAGACCCUCCUCCACAUGCUGGAGGAGCACCAGGCGCACCUAGAAGAGGAGCUGAUGGCCAAGGCUCUGCCCACCGUCAACACUCUGGAGACGCUCAUGGGGAACCUGCACAAGACUGUCGAGUUCCAGCAGACGCUGGUCAAACGCAUGGAGGAAAUGAAGCGGGAGGAGACGUCCCACCUGAGGCGGCAGUCACAGGCCCUGUCUGAGAUGAGGGAGGCAGCCAUGGCGGAGGUCGGCUCACUGAGGGCCCAGAACACGGACAUGAAGGCCAGGCUGGGAGAGGCAGAUCAGGCCCACAAAUCUAGCAUGUCUGAGCUGUUGCAGUGCCUGCAGAGCCAGCUGAGCCUGCUGUCUGAGCAGACUCACAGCAGCUUCCAGGGCCUGGUGAAGAGGACGGAGACCCAGAGCGAGACCCUGGACGCCCUGCAGAAGACCCUGCAGACGGAAUGCUCCGAGAUCGAGGAGCGGGAGACCUCCAGACUCCACGCUUUUGAAGCGGGCGUGGACGGCUUGCUAGCGGAGACGUGCAGCGCCACCGAUGACUUGUCAGGAACCUUGGAAGAGUCGUCCGGCUACCGUAAAGGCCUCCAGACCUCGCUUGAGGCGCUCGGGGAGAACGCCAGAGACUGGUGCCACAAAGCCACGCGCCACGUCGAGGCAGCAGGCCAGGCCGAAGUCGACCUCAUGCGAACCAACAAGGAGGCUCUGCGCACUCUUGCCCAGCCUGUAGAAGCCCAAGGAGAAGCGAUGCUGCGGGACUCAACAGCCUGCUUCCAGCACCAUGACGUGGAGCUCUCCAGCAAACUUGACGUACUCCAGCUUCAAGCAGCGAAAGACAUGUCCACUCUUGAGGUCUGCAGGGAGGAUGUGUCCACGCAGGUAGCUCUGACUCAGACCACAGUGCAGAGCUACCUGUACGAAGAACUCCGGGAAGAUCUCCCCACUGGCACCACACCGCAGCGUAGAGAGCACGAAUUCCCUCGUGAGCUUGUGAGGUCGCGUGGGCGUGAGGAGCUGCUGAGGGAGUUCCAUGCCGUGAUGGCAGCGCUGCAAGAGGAAGAGGCUAACUCUCAGGAGGAAGAGAACAGCAAAGCAGCCGAGCAGAGUCCUGAGGAGAGUUGGUUGUCUUCAACCGUGUGCAUAGAUGAUGAGCUCUGCCCUUCAGAUGCCAGUGCAGUAACUGAGCCCAUGUUCGACACAGACGUCACGUGUGAUGAGAACAGCAGAGGGCCAUUCUUCAAGCAACAAAAGAAAAAUGGCAAGAAGAGGGAGCUGAGAAAAGCAGUCAUCUCCAAACGGCAGGAGCUGGAGGGGGCCAUUACGCCACGCUCAAAGUUACCCCUCAGAAGUCAAAACUAGGCAGCUAGGCUUUGGUACAUUGUUAUUGUUAUUAUUUUAGCUCUGUGUGUGUUUUUUAAAUGUCCUUUAUAUGUAGUGUGUCUGUCUCCUAAGCUCACCUUCUCAAGGCGUCUACCUGCUGUUAUAAUUAAAUGUCUUAACUUGUCUCUAAGUGAUGUGGAGUUUUUGCUGUUGAAUAGUUUAAAUGUUUUUUCCGUUCUUGUUGGUGCUUGUUCCUGUUUCUUCUUGGUGUAUUUUGUGUUCUCAAUGCCACACAUUUCAACUUGAAAUCUGUUGUGAUUAUGUUCAGGGAUAGUCUGUAACCAGUACAAAUGUUUAUCUGUAAUUUCACAUGAUUCUAUUUUUUAUACAUUUUACAAAUGACUUGCUAAUACAUAUGAGACCACUGGCAUAAAAUGUGAGGGAUGGGUUUUAUACAGCAUAUUAAUAAAAAGGUGAAUUUUA